AAGGCAAGCGGAUUUGUGUCUGUGAGUGUGUUAGCGUUCAUAGACAUAUUGCACCACACAGAUCAAAGAGCGUGAGGAAAGCAAUAGAACCAACCAGACAAGACUCCCGACUCCCGGCUUUAUUUGUCAACGAGCCAUCGUCGAAACUGUUUCAUCCGGUUUAUUUCGCGGUAAACUUCUAAUCAUGUCUCUGAGCGUCCCGAAAAUAAAACUCAACAACGGAAAUGAAAUUCCCAGCUUUGGUUUGGGAACAUGGAAGUCAAAACCUGGUGAAGUUACGGAAGCCGUUAAGUACGCAAUUGAAAUUGGCUACCGCCAUAUCGAUUGCGCUCAUGUUUACGGAAAUGAAAAGGAAGUUGGUGCUGCGUUGAAAGCUAAGAUUUCUGAAGGUCUAGUUAAACGCGAGGACUUGUUCAUUACAUCAAAACUAUGGAAUUCUUAUCACAAGCAAGAGAGUGUUGAGAAAGGCAUAAAGAAAACCCUGGCAGACUUGGGGCUUGAGUACUUGGACCUCUAUCUGAUCCACUGGCCCAUGGCCUACGAAGACGGCGAGGUUCUCUUCCCAACAGACGCAGACGGCAACACCAAACUGACUGACACAGAUUACCUGGAAACCUGGAAAGGAAUGGAAGGCGUCUGCGAAAAAGGUUUGGCCAAAAAUAUCGGGCUGAGUAAUUUCAACUCCGAGCAAGUUGACCGAGUUCUCAAGAGCUGCAAAAUAAAGCCAGUUACCAAUCAGAUUGAAUGCCAUCCGUACUUGACCCAACAAGAGCUGACUAAGUUUUGCAAAGAAAGAGGUAUCGUUGUCACUGCCUACAGUCCUCUGGGUUCUCCCGACAGACCCUGGGCCAAACCCGGAGAUCCAAUUUUGCUGGAAGACAAAAAAUUAAUUGAAAUAAGUAAAAAGUAUAAAAAAACGCCAGCUCAAGUUGUUAUCCGCUAUCAGCUUGAUCGUGGGCAUGUUGUGAUACCUAAAUCAGUUACCAAGUCCCGUAUAUUGGAGAACAGUCAAGUCUUUGACUUUAAAUUAAGCGACGAAGACAUCGCUUACAUCAAUACCUUCGAUUGCAAUGGAAGAAUCUGUCCCAUGUCUGAUUGUGUCAAGAGUAUCCACUGGCCAUUCAACAUUCCAUUCUAAUUAGCGUCAAAGAUCAAACGCUUAAAAUUUUUAUACACUAUCCCUUAUCUUUACCAUGUAAUCAAUCAUUUAUUUACAAUUACAUUUAUAUUCAUUGCUAAAUUAUAAAUUUACGAUAACCGUUUAAUCAUUAAUGUAACUCUAGGUCAUUUGUACUGAAACGAAUAAAUUUUAUCAAUUAAAAUGUA